UUCGACGUCGUAUCUGCUCAAGACGUAUUAGGUUUAUCGCUCGGUAACACAACAUACGAAGGUUAUCUUUCCGAUCUGACUACUACAUAUUACGAUUUCUUCGCUCCUACCAACUCUGCCCUUAUAGAGAUUACCUUACUCCGAAAUGUUCUGGAUCAUUUGUCUCUCUUAUCAAUGGGGAAAUCCCAACAAUUACCGAAAUACAUCUACACUACAGAUUCUCGACCUCCUGCUGAAAUACCAUCGCAGUUCAAAACUUGGAUCGACCAGAACCCGGGUUGGUUGUCAAUGUACGUAUCAGACGAUGAGAUCGAACGAUGGCUACAGCGAACCUUCACCAGAGGAGAAAAUGUCGUCGAAGAGAUUUUAUCAUUGAAAGACGAUUUGGGCGUUGUCAAAGCGGAUUUAUUUAGAUAUCUCGUUUUACUCUUGAAUGGAGGAGUUUAUACAGAUACGGAUACAGCUUGUAUUAAACCCAUUGAAGAAUGGACUAGAGAAUACGAUAUUGCCGUCGUUGAUCCCCUGGUUGCGGCUCUACCUACUCUGGCUAGAUUAGCUCAACCGAAAGUGGAAGAACAUGAGGAUGAGGAUAUGGAUGAGGACGAAGAACCCGCUUUGGUGAUAGCUUUGGAGAAUGAUGUACUGUAUGAUGGUGGGGAUUGGAGACAACAAACAUUCGCGAGGGGUUUACAAAUUGUUCAAUGGACUUUAUUAGCGAAACCAAACCAUCCCGUUAUGCUCGACGUUCUCGGUCGAGGGUUGAGGAAGGCAAGAAAGAGUAGGUUGGAGGGAAUAUCGCAACGGUCAGAAAAUAUCCUUGAUUGGACAGGUCCUGGGGUAUUUACCGAUGCUGUCCUUCGAUAUCUUCUAGUCCGGUAUGGUGUUCUUCCUCAACAAAUAUCAGGUAUAACUCGUCCUCUGAGGAUAGGAGAUGUUGUCAUCAUGCCAUUGCACAGCUUUCGAGCCGACGCUUCAGAAGGUGAUCAAGGUCCAUUUCGUGUAGUCUGGCACGGAUUCUUCGGUCGAUGGAAAAGUACAAAUAGCAAGUAA